UAAUACUCAGCUCAGCUCCCUAAAUUGGUGUCAGAAACUUGAUCAAGUCCAAGAUGAGAGAGUAAUCGGAAACCGUCCCAAAAAAAAGGGUGUUUAUGUUUUGACUGAUUCAGUUUUACACAGAUGUAAUAAACACAUGCACUCAUCACUUCCAGUAAAUCUCAUUUCUUUACCUCUAACUGCUACUACUUCCGACACACUUAAAGUACAGUGGAAAAUUGAAGAUUUACCUCAAACUGAGCUUUUUUUUUUUACUUUUACCGUCGAGGUUUUGAUCAGUUUUCCAUCUCCAAUAUCCUCUCUUUUUCUCUGAUACAUGCUGAGAAAGCUAGAACAGAGAAAUUGAACCCAUUAGAUGUGAUCUCUUGUAUGUGAUGAAGAGAAGAAACAUUCACAUUUUUCUACUCUCCAUUUUCCUUGUACAGAUCUUUUUCCUAGGUGCCACCACUGGCGAAGUGCUUCCGAUUUCGCGCAAUGCCGGCCUGAGAGACUCGUCGCACACUUUGCAUUACAAGCAAAGGCAGCUCUUGUAUUACACUGACCACCAUGGAUCACGAGGUGUGACUGUGACAGCCGCAGGCUCCCUUGUUUUUGAAAAUCCUAGACUCAGAAGUGCCUACACUGCCCUCCAAGCAUGGAAGCGAGCCAUGGUCUCGGAUCCUUGGGAUCAAACAUCCAACUGGGUUGGAUCCGAUGUAUGCAAAUACACUGGAGUCUUCUGCGCCCAAGCUCCAGACGAUCCAUCAGUCCAAACUGUUGCUGGCAUUGAUCUAAACCAUGCUGACAUUGCAGGGUUUCUCCCGGAAGAGCUUGGUCUUCUCUUGGAUAUUGCAUUGUUUCACAUCAACUCAAAUCGUUUCUGCGGCAAAGUCCCAAAGAGUUUCAACAAGUUGAAGCUGCUUUUCGAGCUUGAUCUAAGCAACAACCGCUUUGCUGGGGAAUUCCCUGAUGUUGUUCUUCAGCUGCCAGCACUAAAAUUUCUGGACCUGCGAUUCAAUGAGUUUGAAGGUAAAGUCCCCAAGGAACUGUUUGAUAAGGACCUUGAUGCAAUCUUCAUCAACCACAACAGAUUUUCCUUCCAAUUGCCAGAUAAUUUUGGGAAAUCGCCGGUCUCCGUCAUUGUCCUUGCUAACAAUAACUUCCACGGAUGUGUACCUGCCAGCCUCGGCAACAUGUCCAAGAAUUUAAAUGAAUUGGUGCUCGCUCACAAUGGGUUCCACUCGUGUUUGCCAAAGGAGAUAGGGAUGCUGAAGAAUGUGAGACUGUUCGAUGUGAGCCAUAAUCGGGUUGUGGGAGAGUUGCCGAAGGAAAUAGUUGAAAUGGAAAGCUUGGAGCAUCUGAAUGUGGCUCAUAACAUGCUCAGAGGGACUAUACCAGAAGGGGUGUGUGAACUUCAGAAUCUGAAGAAAUUUAGCUUUGAGCACAACUUUUUCACUAGCGAGCCACUGAUGUGUUUGAAGUUGGAGGAGUUUGAUGACAGCAAGAAUUGCUUGCGGAAAAGGCCAAAGCAGAGAACCUUUUUGCAAUGCAAAUUGGCUUUGUCUAAAAAAGUUGAUUGUAGUUCUUUUGGAUGUCAUCCUUUCGUUCCUCCUUUGCCACCAUCACCACCAUUGCCUCCACCAUCACCAUCACCGCCUACACCAUCACUACCACCACAUCUGCCAUCACCACCAAUGCCUCCGCCAUCUCUAUCACCUCCGCCUCCACCGUCACCACCACUGCCUCCACCAUCUCCAUCGCCACCACCGCCUCCACCGUCACCACCUCCAUCACCGCCACUGCAUCCGCCAUCUCCAUUGCCUCCCCCACCAUCUCCAUCCCAGUCACCAAAAUUACCAUUACCACCUCCACCAUCACCACCAUCACCACCACCGCAUCCGCCAUAUUCAUCGCCACCUCCGUUAUCUCCAUCCCCUUCACCAUCAUUACCAUCACCUCCACCUCCACCUCCACCUCCACCAUCACCAUCACCGCAUCUGCCAUCUCCAUCGCCUCCUCCACCGUCUCCAUCCCCUUCGCCGCCAUUACCAUCACCUCCGCCCCCAUUACCAUCACCGCCUCCACCAUCAUCACCACUGCAUCCACCAUCAUCACCACUGCCUCCGCCAUCUCCAUCACCACCUCCACCAUCUCCAUCACCACCACCACGACUGCCUCCUCCUCCUCUUCCUCCACCUCCACCAUCCUCACCUCCUUGCCUUCCCUCUCCACCACCCCCUCCACCAUGCUCUCUUCAGAAUUCACCACCACCUUCACUACCUUCUCCCCUACCACCACCACAUUCUCUUCUGUCACCACCUCCACCACUUCCUUCAACUCCAUCCCCACCACCAUGUGUGCCAUCUUCUCCGCCUCCGCCUUCACCUUCAGCACCAACUCCAGCAUAUGAUGGCCCGUUACCACCAAUUAAAGAAACCCCCCACCCUUCACCUACACCACAACCGUAUUAUUAGUGAUUCCUUCCAUUUUCUUCUCCACCUUCCAGACAGCUUAGCGACUGAUACACUAUAGUGAGUACACUCCCACAACUCCGAAAAGCAUUUCAACUUCUGAAAUAAUUGCCAACUGUUUAUCUCUACCACUGCAACCAAAGAACACAAAAGAAUGCCAUCAAUUAUCAAAUUACAUGGUGAAGGUGAACACGAGAAGUGGGAGACAUGCACAGGGAAGGUUAUUCAUUUUGCUUCUUAUUUGACAUUUUCACAUUGUUAUGGA